AUACACACUGACACACCUCACGCGAGCCGAGACGCCCAGCUCACCGCCCCACCGAGUCCCACAGUCUCAGAGGCCACCUCGAGCCCCCCCUGCCCCGCAAGCCGCACCCGCCGCUCCCUCCGCCAUCUGCGCUGCGCUGCUCUGCUCUGCGGUGCCAGGCUGCCAGCCAGUGCCGGCGCGCGCCCGCUGCCGCCCCGACGGGCCCACCGUUCUCUUCUCUCCGCGCUGCGCGCCGGCUGGGCUGCAGGUCAGUUAAUGCGCCCGUGACAGGCGGCGUCGGGGAGGCCAAGGGCGGUGCCGGGUUAAUCCCGCCGUCUCUCGAGGCGGCGCCCGCGGAGGACCAGGCGGGAGGGGGAGACGGUGAGGCGCGGCCAUGGGGGGCGCCAAGGCGGAGGACAAACCCGCCGCCGCCGCUGCAGAAGAUUGGUGCUACCAAUUUGGAAACAAGGAUGCAUUUGACUUGAAGCCCCCGAAAAAAUCACCGAUCGCGUUGAGAACGGUUGUCUUCGCUAUGACUAUGUUAUGCGGGAUAUCUAUUUGCUCAAUGUGCAUGAAGCAACUAGGGAGUGAUGGCUGGUCAAGAGUUGUCAAGAUUGAAGUUGUGGAACAACCAUGUAAUAAGUCCAUUGCUCCUCUUUCGGAGGCUCAAUUUGUGCGCUAUCCUCAACCGAUAACUUACAGCAGGGAGGAAUGCAAGUGCAAUGCUGUCCGGUCCUUUGCAAUUAUAUCAUCGCAGCGAUCUGGAAGUGGCUGGUUUGAAACACUUCUUAACAGCCACAUGAAUGUUAGCUCCAAUGGUGAAAUUUUCUCUAGAAAAGAAAGGAGGAGUAACAUUUCCUCUAUAAUAGAUACCCUGGAUAAAGUGUACAAUUUGGACUGGAACAGUAGCGCUUCCAAGAAUGAGUGCACUGCAGCUAUUGGCUUCAAGUGGAUGCUAAAUCAGGGCCUCGUGGCAAACCAUGCGGACGUAGUCGACUACUUCAACCGAAGAGGAGUCUCUGCGAUAUUUCUUUUCAGAAGGAACCUGCUCCGCCAGUUGGUAUCACAGGUAGCGAACAACCACGACAGGUUACUUAAGCAACUAAACGGAACGCACAAGGCCCAUGUCCACACGAAGCGUGAGGCCCAUAUACUGGCAAGAUACAGGCCCAGGCUCAACACGACGUCACUGAUAUGGCAGCUGAAACGAGCUGACGAGUACACUCGCGACGCUCUUGAGAACCUAAACAACACCCGGCACAUGAGCGUCUACUACGAGGACGUCGUCCGCAACAGAACAAAGCUCUUGGAUGUCCUGGAUUUCCUCGGAGUGCCGAGGAGGAAGCUGGUGAGCCGGCACGUGAAGAUACACACGAAGCCGCUGUCGGAGCAGAUCGAGAACUGGGACGAGGUCUACAGCGCCCUCAACGGUACCCAGUACGAGGGCUUCCUGAAUGCCGCUGACUAUCUAGUAUAACAUCACGUUUCUGGAUGUAGAUAGUGUGCGUGUGAUUCUUUCGUUUCUUGUUUGUUUCUGGCAGAAAUUUUGAUGCGGGGUAGGCGCCUUUUGCCGUGCAUGGUUGCAUUCUCGGUAACCUGAUGCUCCUGUAACUAACCCUCCAGCUUCUCUGAUCUUUGUAUUUGCCUUGGGUGUUUGCUGAUGUUCUUUCAAACUAUUUGAAA